AUGUCCUUAGAAUCCUUAACCGCCAGCUUGUACAAGAGCUACGAAGCCAAAAAGUACGAGGAAGCAGCUGCGUUCUUGCCGGCGAUCAAGCUCCACCUCAUCAAGCACAAGUUGCUCGUACCACUCACCAAUGCCGACACCACAAAGAACCACUACAAUGACUUGAGAAUCAGCAAAAAGAUCUUGGAGAUUGGUGCAUUCAUAUCGAUCAACUUGGCCGAGUUUGCGCAGUUCGAACAGUACUUCAUCUACUUGAAGGCGUUUUACGGAAACGCGCACAUCACAAACAUGAAUAAAGACGCCCAGGUGGGCAAGAUCUACUCGUUGUACUUGUUGUACUUGUUGUCACAGGGUGAGUUCUCCAAGUUCCACAGCGAAUUGGAGCUUGUUUACAACACGUGGCCGGCGGAGGUGGUUGCGUCGGACCAGUUUUUGCGUUUCCCGACUAACUUGGAGAAGAACUUGAUGGAGGGCAACUACAUCAAGAUCUGGCAGUUGUAUGCCGCCGACGAGCGCGAGUUACCGUUGGCCGAAUUCAAGCUCUUUGAGCGUGUCUUGAUCGAUUCUUUGAGAUCCGAAAUUGCUACCAACAUUUCCAAGUCCUACCUGAGCUUGCCUGUCGUGAAUAUCAAGGAGUUGUUGCACUUGCACGACUUCUCAGGUGCUCAGAUCGAGACCAAGAUUGCCGAAGAGUAUGGCUGGACCCUCCACAAUGGUGUCGUCCACUUUGCGGCCGAGGCGGAGGAGGGCGCUGAGGAGAGCAACCACGCCAGAAUCAUUAAGAACGUGCUUGGCUACGCCUCAGAGAUUGAAACGAUUGUUUAG